UUUUAAGCAAAAAUAGGAAAUUAACCACCAGUGAGCAAAAUGGGGAAGCGUCCCCUAUCACGAAAGGAAAUCGAAGAGCAAAAGAAGCGAGAGGAUGAGGCGGCAGCAGCCCACGCUUUCAAAGAAUUUGUGGAAACAUUUCAAGAAGCGCCAUCCAAAAUAUCGAAGGUAUGGGUAAAGGCCGGAACGUACGAUGCGGGCUCGAGAAAGGAAGACACAAAGGACAGAGGCAAGCUGUACAAACCACAGUCACGUCUCGAGAUGGAACAUGAAAAGUCUAUGGACUACGUCAAGAUGGUGGCGAACGAAAGCCGCAAGGAUUCGUCGGCCAUGGGCAAGAAACGCAACCAGGAGAAGAAAAAGAGCAAUCUGGAGAUGUUCAAGGAGGAGCUUCGACAGAUACAGGAAGAGCGCGAGGAGCGGCACAAAUACAAGCACAUGGCGCGUACCAUGCUGCCCGGUACCAGUUCCACCGAGUCGGAUCCUGUGUACAAGGAGACGGAAUCCGGUUCGUUCGAUAACGGCGAUCCAAAUACGACCAACUUGUACCUGGGCAAUCUAAAUCCAAAGAUCUCGGAGCACGCGCUAAUGGAGCUGUUCGGGAAGUAUGGGCCGCUCGCUAGUAUAAAGAUUAUGUGGCCACGCUCGGAGGAAGAAAAGAUGCGUAAUCGGAACUGUGGAUUUGUGGCGUACAUGAGUCGUCGUGAUGCGGAGCGCGCUCUACGCGCCCUGAACGGGCGGGACGUGAUGGGGUACGAGAUGAAGCUCGGUUGGGGAAAAUCAGUCCCCAUUAUGACACAUCCGAUUUACAUACCGCCGAAACUGUUGGCCUAUACACUGCCACCACCCGCUUCCGGUUUACCGUUCAAUGCCCAACCUCAUCCGUCGGAUUUGGAAAAUAUUCCAAAGAUGACAUCAGGAGCCUACAUGUCGGAACCGGAGCUGAAAGAACAGAUGGAUUCGGUACUGGUGAAGUCGGUGGUAAAGGUGGUCAUACCGACCGAGCGGCCGUUGCUGAUGUUGAUUCAUCGCAUGGUGGAGUUUGUCAUUCGCGAGGGUCCUAUGUUUGAAGCGCUGAUUAUGACCAAGGAGAUGGGUAAUCCUAUGUACAAGUUUCUUUUUGAAAAUGAAAGCCCAGCUCACAUUUACUACCGUUGGAAGUUGUUCUCGCUGCUACAGGGCGAUACACCGAGUGAUUGGAGAACGAAGGAGUUUCGCAUGUUUAAGGGUGGUUCGAUAUGGAAGCCUCCACCAAUAAAUUUCUACACCCAAGGCAUGCCCGACGAACUGCUGGCCGAUGAGGAAGGAAUCGAAGCGAACAAAGGCAAUCUUUCCGUGGCGCAACGCGAUCGGCUGGAGGAUCUGAUACGGCACCUUACCCCGGAAAGGCAAAAGAUUGGCGAUGCAAUGAUAUUUUGCAUCGAGCAUGCCGAUGCGGCAGAAGAAAUUUGCGAAUGCAUUACGGAAUCACUUUCCUCGAAUGAAACGGUAGUAAAGAAAAAGGUGGCCCGUAUCUAUCUAAUCUCGGACAUUCUGCACAACUCGGCAGUGAAGGUACAAAACGCUAGCUUUUUCCGCAAAGCGAUGGAGAAAAAUCUGCUCGACAUCUUUCGCAACCUGAACGCGUACUACAUGCAGCUGGACAGCCGCCUAAAGGCGGAAGGUUUCAAGAGCCGCGUGAUGGGUGUGUUUCGUGCUUGGGAGGAGUGGACCAUCUAUCCGCGUGAGUUUCUGGUGAAGCUGCAACACACGUUUUUGGGCAUUCAAAUGACGGAAAAACAGCCAGAAGAAGAGCCGGAGGAGGAGAAAGAGGAUGAAGAUUUGGAUGGUGUGCCGCUGGAUGGAGCAGCACUGCUCAAAAGUGCAAUGAUGUGUGGAAUGACAAGCGGUGGCGGUAGUGGUGGUGGUGGUGGUGGUGGAGGAGAAAACCGUACGCCAUUGCUGAAGCACGAUAUCUACAGCGAUGAGGACGAUAUUGAUGGAAUGCCUUUGGCAGACGAUGACAUCGAUGGGAUGCCGUUGGAUGGUGCAAUGGAUGCGGGUGUACACGAUGCUGCUCGACGAGCUGGUCCAUCCGGUUCUGGUAGCGAUGGACGAGCGGGAGGUUCAGGAAAAGGAAAAUCAGCUGGAGGUUCGUUUAUUCCCUCAAAGUGGGAAUCCGUUGACGCAGCACAAAUAGAAGCUCAAGCCAUUACAACCAGCAAAUGGGACACGCUAGAUCCAGUCGUACCGGAACCACCAAAAAUUAGUCUGCAGAAGGAAGGGGCAGGACUCAUCAGCAGUAAGUACGGUAGCUACAGUGACGACGACGACGAUGAUGAUGAGGAUGAACGCGAUUUUGACGAUGUACUGCGCCAGGAAGGCGAAGGAAGUCGCAGUGGACCGGAUCAGGAUGAGCUGCGACGGGUGCGGUUGCGCGAAAUUGAAGUCAAGAUGGUACAGUACACGGAUGAGUUUGAGUCCGGAACGAGACAGGUUCGAACGGGUUGGACACUGCACGAAGAGCUCGAUAGCUACCGUAUGAAGUUGAUGAAAGAGAUGGCACAGGAACUGCGACAGCGAGGGCGUGACGAGAUCAAUUGGGCCGCUGCUUCAGAUGAUGAUAGUCGUUCGCGAAGGGGCCAGAAACGGGGCGGAAGUGUGGAGAGCGCUCGGAAACACAAGCGAAGUCGUCAGUCUGCCCGUUCGAGGGAUUCUGCUUCACCCGAGUCAAAAUCCUCGCGGCGCAGACAUUCCAGCAGUUCGUCGGACGAGGACGAGAUGCUGGCAAACAGAACCGAUGCCCGUUAUCGCUACUCUUCGGAGCGUUCCGUUUCGCCGGGACCGGCCGCAUCUAGCUCCUCGCGUACUAGCAAGUACGAUCUGCUCGGUUCUCCGGCUCGCCACGGAGGUUCGGCAAGCGAGUCAAACUACGAUAAGUAUGAGCAUCAACGUCGUGAUGCGCGGGACAGUCGGGACAUUCGUCGGGAUAAGAAGGAAGCCACACGCGAGCGGAUGCAGCUUUCACACGAGCGUGACCAGCGGGAUCAUCAUCGAGAGCAUCGUGACAGCAGGGCGCGAGAAAGUGAUUCGCGUAGCUCACAUGGACGUGAGCGUGAUCGGGAACAACGGGAUCGAGGCACUAGGGAGCAUCGUGACCGUGAGCGAGAGUACGAACGUGAGGUGGAUGGUGGUGAUGGUGGGUCGUCGCGCUAUCGUGAGCGUGAUCGAGCCAAGGAAGGGUACAGCAGCAGUAGUGGAAGUAGGAAGGAUUCUUCCACCAGUUCAAAGUAUGACGAUAGGACAAAGCGGUACAGGUAAAGCCGG